CGAAACGGGUACCCUUGGGUAUAUGGCUCCAGAGGUUCUCAACGGUAAGCCUUACAACCAUAAGUGUGAUGUAUACAGCUUUGGCAUUUGUUUAUGGGAGAUCUACUGCUGUGACAUGCCAUAUCCUGAUCUAAGCUUUGCUGAAGUCUCCUCUGCUGUUGUUCGGCAUAACCUACGACCAAAUGUACCUCGGUGUUGUCCAAGCGCAAUGGCUAGCAUCAUGCGCAGGUGUUGGGAUGCCAAUGCAGAUAGAAGGCCUGACAUGGAUGAGAUUGUGCGGCUUUUAGAGGCUCUGGACACCAGCAAAGGUGGUGGAAUGAUCCCUGAUGACCAACUAAAUGGUUGCUACUGCUUCAUUCCUAAACGCGGUCCAUAGAUGCUUUCCUUGUGCAUUUAGCUUAAAACUUAGCAAACAGCAAGCAGCUUCAGAAUGUCACCGUUCUACACUGCUUAAGGAGUUUUGGUGUGUUCUUUUGUGCCUCAGUCCAGUGGUUGUGAAAAGUUCCAUGCAUGGUUUUGUUUCUUUAAAGUUGUUUGCUACUUUUAACCUAAAGAAAAAAAAAGUUGAUUGUUGUUACUCGAAUAAACAGAGGACAGGAAGGAAACAAAAGAGUUGUCAAACAAAUAAUUUCUCAGUGGUAUUGCUAUUCAAACUUGA